CUCCAGCCUGGAGAGGGCACACUCCGUGUCCGGAGCCUUCUGUAGCCAUUGUGCCUGGUGUCAGGGAGCUCCCCCCGGGCAGCCAUGGAGGUGGACGAGAGUCAGCCAGAAGCUGAGGUCCAGGAGGACAAUAAGAAGAUUGACAUGUCCUUGGAUGACAUCAUAAAACUUCAAAAUGAAGAGUCAGAAGCUCAGUCCCCCUUGAAUCAGACUGGUCAGAAUGGCAGAAUUAAAAGAGGCAAUUUCCAGAAUAAGAGAUAUUUUAGGAACGCUCCAAGAAAUCAACAAGGGUCCGGAAGAUUUAAGUUUAGACAGCAAAGGUAUUCUGGCGUGACGAUCAGGAACAAUGCCCUUGGUCCAAUAACAAGACAAAGAGCUGCUGCUUCACAGAAUUUUGUGAGCCCCCUUAAUAGGCCAAGUUUGAAUACAAAGAGUUCUCAGAAGAUGGUAAAAACUCAAAAGGUCCAAAGAAACACAAAGAAGUAUAGAGCAACAAAUUUCCCUGUGCAGUCGUUAUCAAGGAGAAUUAACACACAGAAUAGAAGACCACAAAUGCAAGAUGGGCAAAGACAGCAAAGAACAAAUCUAGUCAGCCAAAGUUCAAGGGUGACGCAACAAGUCAUUAUGAAUCGUGGUAAAAGACAGACAAAUUCAAGAAGGUGGCAAAACGAUGGAUUUGGAUCCACCUUAACGGUUUCAGUCCCUAAUCCUAAAGCAACUUUUGAUCCUCAGUCCAAAAGACCAGCAAUGAAGCGACCAGGAGGGAGAUUUAGAAAAACAGAAGCGCAUCCUAUAGAUCCCCCUCCUAAAGGAGUUCCUCUGAGAUUUAAUUUCCGGGCUAUGGCCAAUCAUACGAAUGUCACACUGAAUGAACGGUUUUCUACAAUAAAGAUUAAAGGACAGUAUAUACCAGCAAGACGAGUGGGGCGGACAGUCAUGCUCACUUAACAUCAGCUUCAUUUGGACAGAAGAAUGUAGUACGUGUAAACCUCAGCUGUUCUUCUCCAGGACUUUGGAUAGAGACUAAAUGCAGUGCACUGAAGAAUCAAGAACUCCCAUCAUACUUAAUAAAGUUAUGUAAUACAA